AUGAACCUGAACGCUUUGUUCCAGCAAAUUCAGUUCACGGAGAAGCAGGCGAGGGAGAAGAGGAGCUUCAUCCAACAAGCUAAAUGUGACAUAAAUAGAAGUUAUGAAAAAAUGAACCAAAUAAAAGAAGAGCUGAGCGCUGCAAAAAUUAACUUAGAGACCAAGGUUCAGCAUCUGUCUGUAAAGCAGUUCAAUGUAGAAAUACUGAAGAAACAAGAAGACAGCUUAGAAAAACAAAAAGCUGAACUUAUUAAUCAAAGAACCAGUCUUCUUAAAAUCAUGGCAGAUGCAAAGAAAAAAAUUACUGAAGAGGAAGAUAAUUUUACCAGAGAAAUAACAGAGUUUAACAAUGAAUAUGGACUAACAAGUAAUAGAGAUCUUCAUAUUAAAAAGAAAGUCAAGACUGAAAUAAAUGAUUUAGAGAAUGAGGCAGCUCUGUUGAAAAAUGAAAUGGAGUCAAUGGAACAUAAAAAUGUUCAGUUAAAUGCACUCCAGCUGCAGAAGAAUGAAUUAAAGCAGGAUUUAUUUACUCUCCAAAGUGAGCUCAAAGACCUUGAGAAAGUAAUCAGGGAAACAGAAAGAAUGACGAAGAAUUUAGAAGCAGAAAAACUCCAAGUUACUGAAAAACCUCAGACCGAUCCUGAAUGUUUAAGACUUAAGAAAGAGUUGGAAAAAUGCAAAGAUGAUAAUUGGGAAAGUGUCUGUGAGACUCUUCAAACAGAAAUUGAAAUUCUGCAAAUGGUCCCAGCUAAUACUGAAGCAGUUAACCCCAUUAAAGUGCGAAGAUUUCUAGAAGCCAACACAGAAGUGCUGACAUCUGACAAUGCUGCUGAACUAUGA